CGUCGCCCGCAGGCGCCUGCGCAAUGGGCCGGCCGUGGGGGGCGGGAAGCGCUUCGCGGCAGCGGAGCCCAUGUCGGCCCUGAGGCGCUCGGGCUACGGCCCCAGCGAUGGCCCUUCGUACGGCCGCUACUAUGGGCCCGGGGGAGGCGAUGUCCCGGUGCACGUUCCUCCGCCCUUAUACCCUCCUCUUCGGCCCGAGCCUCCCCAGCCUCCCGUUUCCUGGCGAGGGCGCGGGGGCGCCUCGGCCGAGACCACCUGGCCCGGAGAAGGCGCAGGUGGCGAUGCCUACUACCCCUCCGGAGGCGCCUGGGCAGAGCCGAGUAGAGCCGGAGGAGGACACCAGGAACAGUCACCAUACCCUGGCUAUAAUUCCAACUACUGGAAUUCUGUGCGACCGAGGGCCCCAUACCCAAGUGCAUAUCCUGUGAGACCAGAGUUACAAGGCCAGAGUUUGAAUUCUUACACAAAUGGAGCAUAUGGUGCACCAUACCCUCCUGGCCCUGGACCAAAUACUGCCUCAUAUUCUGGGGCUUAUUAUGUACCUGGCUAUACUCAAAGCAGUUACUCCACAGAAGUUCCAAGUACUUACCGUUCACCUGGUAACAGCCCAACCCCAGUCUCUCGUUGGAUAUAUUCCCAGCAGGACUGUCAAACAGAAGCACCUCCUCUCAGGGGCCAGGUUCCAGGAUAUCCUGCUUCACAGAACCCUACAAUGACCUUGCCCCAUUAUCCUUAUGGAGAUGGUAACCGUACUGUGCCACAGUCAGGAGCCACUGUCCGACCACAAGAUGAUGCAUGGGCUUCUGGUGCUUAUGGGAUGGGGACCCGUUACCCCUGGCCUUCAGCUGUACCCUCAGCUCCACCUGGGAAUCUCUACAUGACGGAAAGUGCUUCACCCUGGCCUGGCAAUAGUUCUCCUCAGCAACCUCCUUCACCACCACCCCAACAACCUAAGGAUUCCUCGUACUCCUAUAACCAGUCGGGUCAAGGCAUGAACCGGCACAGCUUUCCAUGCAGUGUCCAUCAGUAUGAGUCUUCAGGAGCAAUGAACAAUGAUAAUUCAGACCUUUUGGAUUCUCAAGUCCAAUACAGUGCUGAGCCUCAAUUGUAUGGUAAUGCCACCAGUGACCAUGCCAGCAAUCCAGUUCAGAGUAAUAAUCUCCCUGAAGAGUGUUUCUCUUCAGAUGAAGGUACGCCUCCAAGUAUUAAAAAAAUCAUACACGUGCUGGAAAAGGUUCAGUAUCUUGAGCAAGAAGUAGAAGAGUUUGUAGGGAAAAAGACAGACAAAGCAUAUUGGCUUCUGGAAGAGAUGCUGACAAAGGAGCUCUUAGAACUAGACUCUGUUGAAACUGGAGGCCAGGACUCUGUCCGUCAGGCCAGAAAAGAGGCUGUCUGUAAGAUCCAGGCCAUACUGGAGAAAUUAGAGAAAAAGGGAUUAUGAGAUAAUUUGGAGUGAAGGGUAAGCCUGUUACUAAUUUGGCCAAAGAAGUCUUGAAUUUGGUUGGUUACCAUCUUUUGAAAUGCCUGUUGUGACAAGAAGCAACACAUUCCAACUUCUGACCUAAAACUUGAAAGGAAAAGAAAAGUGGGCAGAGGAGUGGAUGAACACAUUGCAGGGCUCUUGGCCGUUUUCAGAUGACUGACCAUAACAAUACUGGAAUUAACAGUGUUACCAAGUAGACCCACUCCUAAGAAAUCCAUGGCCGUCUCUAGGCUGCUUCUUAUCAUCAGGAGGGAAAUAGACUUUAUGUAACAGGUUAUCAAAGCAUAAUCUGAGAAAAGCAGGCUGUUUUGUAAGCAUCUAGACUGUCGCAUUUUGUGCAUUGUGACUGCAUAUACUUCAUGUGUAAAUUAUAGCUUAGACUCUUGACCUCUGUUUUGUUUGUUAUCUGCAGUUCACAAAUGUAAUAUUAUUCUACUUCUUGGUACAUUUUGUAGAAAUGUGUUUAAUAUAAUCAAAUACUGGCAGCCAGAUAGAUGGGCAGUUCUGAACAAAUUCAUAUCCUUUGACCACUUGAAUCUAUUGUAGUGUGUAGUGGGCUCCUGAAGUCAACCAUAUAUCUCCUUUUUGUGUAGCAUGUUAUAUUAGAGUUCUCCCCACUCUUGCUUUUCAUAGUAGUCGGGAAGGUGAAUUUGGAAAUUACAUUAACAUAAGAAUGGCAAUGUUUUUGGACAUUUGACGACUUAGCUUUUUUGUUGUAUUUGGAUAAAGAUCCACUUUUGAAAUUCUUUUAUAAGAAAAAUAUCUUUGGCUAUUGCUGCUUCUAUAGAGAGUCUUAUGAUAGAAACAUAAAACCUAAAUGCCACAGGUGGUAUAGUGACUGCAAAAGGCAACAAUAAUACUGUUCUCCAUUUAAUAGUUUCUGUGGGACAGAUUUUGAGUUCAUUUUAUAGUUGAUAGAAGGAAAAGGAGAUUUAUGCUCAGGGAAUGAGUCAGCCAUAGCUAAAAUAGGAAAUUUUUUUUUUCUUUUAAAUUUGGUCUUUAUUUCAUAGAAUAAAUUACAUAGAAUUGCCUAUUUCAUAAGAAAGAUGUUAUUUAUUACUAAUAGUCGAUUUGUUAAACCAAGUUUAAGAAAGGGGCCUUUCUUGGUUAUCCAUAUAUUUGUUAUACAGAGGCAGGUAAAUAAUUUACCUUUUAAAUCUAAAGUGAGGUCUAGCAUACAGUAUCUGCUUUUGCAACAAAAGCAGUUUCUUAGUAAAAUAUCAAAGUAAUACUUGUUUUCUAGACUAGCAGACCUUUAUGUUAGUGAUAAUAAACCUAUAGCCAUCCCUUCUACUUACAUAGAACCAAACCAAUGCCAACAUAUAAGUAGAAAUGUAGUAAAAAUAUUGUAUGGAGGCUAGGAAUGUGGCUAAGUUAACAGUGUUUGUCCAAUGUACAUGAAGGCCUGGGUUAAAUCCCAAUAUUGCAUAAACCAGGCAUAGUGGUACAUACCUGUCUCAACAUUUGGGAGGUGGAGACAAGAAGAUUGCAAGCUUAAGGUCAUCCUCAUCUACACAAUGAAUUCAAGGCCACCCUGAGCCAUACAUAAGAUCGUGUCUCAAAAAGCUAAAAGGAUAAGUGAGUCAAGAUAUGAUGGUUUUAUCCAGGAGUUUGUCGUUUUUAAAAGAUAUUAUUUGGCUGGGUUUGGUGGUAUACACUUUUAAUCCAGGCAGAGGCAGGUAGAUCUCCUGAGUUCAUGGUCACACCUGUUCUACCUACCACCUACCUACCUACCUGUCUGUCUGUCUACCUACCUACAUGCCUGCCUGCCUGCCUACCUAUAGGAUGUGUGCACACACAUGUGUGUGUUUUAUAUCUACAAGUUUUAUUUUUGAAACAGAAUUUCAUGCCAGGUUGGCCUUAAACUUUGUUUGUAGCCUAGGACAACCUACAAAUUGUGAUCCUCCUGCUUCACCUUUCAAGUGUGUGCCUGGUUGAUGUGGUGCUGAGGCUCAAACUCAGGGCUGUGUGUAUGCCAGGCAAGCACUGUACUGAGCUACAGCUGUCGCCCUGAUUCUCCUAGUUUGUCCUAAUAUAGAAAUGUUUUUAACGGUUUUGUGAGCUGGACAUGGUGGCAUGCAUCUGUAACCCCAGCAUUCAGAAGCAGGUGGAUGGGUCUCUGAUUCUGAGACCAUCUUGGUCUACAUAGUAAGUGCCAGGCUAGCCAGUAGUGAGACCUAAUCACCAUCAAAGAAAAGUUUUCUAUAAAAAUAUGACAAUUAUACUUAAAAGUUUAAGAGGAGAAACCUUAAAGCUGUGUAGCCAGUGAGACACUGACAGGUACAGAACACAUUUUUGCUUAACUUGUGCUACCCAAGAUGCCAAUUUCUGCACUCUUCAUUUUUACAUAUUGUACACGUUAUGCACAAAUGUACAUAUAUGUGUAUAUAUCUUAAGUUAUUUUUUGAACCAUUAACAUGAUUUUAAACUUACAGAAGAGUUGUAAAAAUAGCGUUCCUGUGUACCCUCCAUCUACCUUCCCCUUGUUUUGACUUCUGUAACAAAAACAUUUGUCACAAUUAAGAGUUAAUCUUUUAUAGUACUAUUAAUAUUAGCUAAAGUAGCAAGCUAAAAGUAGAUAUUUUAUUUAUCUUUUUUAUUGGCAUCCUCUUAACCAUUCCAGAUUCUAUUUCACACUUAGUUGUUCUGUCUGAGUAGUCUUUCCCAGUGUGAUGCUGUAUUAUAAGGAUAGCUGGUGGUGUCAUGUAUUUCCAGUGUGGUUCACUCUAAGCACUCAGCUGAGGUGGCAUCUGCUAGGAUUUACUAGUGUAAGCUUACCCUGCUUUCCUUUGUAAUUACUGAGUAUUACUAUGCAAAUGUCCUGUUUCUGCUUAGAGUUUGCCUCUCCUAUCUCCUGGCAAAUCUUGCUUGUGGAAUUUACUACUGUGGUAUUCAAAUGUUGAUUUUUCUAUUUCUUUUAUUUCUCCUAUAUUUAAUAACUGGAAUUCUUCUGAAAGGAAGAACUGUGGAUUCUGGAUUUAUAUUUUUAAUUAUAUAAAGAUAUUCAGGAUAGGUAUGAACUCAGAACUUAAAGAUAUGAACCUAAAGAUAUAAACCAUGUUAAUUGAUUGCAAAUGGCCAAUAUCAAAAAAAAAAAGCAAUGUUGAUGACCUGUCUUUGAAGAUAUAAUGAAUUUAAGAAUGAAAAUAGUAUUUAUGAUUUGUAAAAUAUGUUUGACUUUUGACGUAAAGUUGAUUUGAAAUUGAAACACUUUUCUUUUAAAAUUUUACAUCUAGACUUUUUUAAGGUGUCGAAAUUUAUAUUACUUUGGGGAUCAUUUUUGUCAAAUCUUGAAUAAAGUUACCUACACCUGGCAUGAUAAACACA